UGGGGAGGCUGCAGGAGCGAAAAGCAGAGCCGGGCUGGGGCCAGGGUGCCCCGGGAAGCAGCCGGGGCUUUGGUGGGGGAGGAGAUGGGGCGUGACCGCCCGGCCCGGCCUCUCUCCAGCACUACGUCUCCACUUGUACUUUCAGUUUCUCCCCGGUGACAGUCAUGAGCAGCCGCCGCCUUCUCCCGGUCCCGCUUCUGCUUCUGGUUCUAAUUGAUGGAGGCUUGUGUAGAAACACCAUGUCCCCCUUGCCUGGUAUUGAUUCCAAGUGGUCACAAAUAAAGAAAAACUUCACUAAGAGGGAAGCCACAUGUCCCGAAGGCCAGCACCCCGUAGGGGACAUCUGCUGCCAGCUUUGCCCUCCUGGCACAGAGAAAACUCUUGACUGCAAGGUCAAUGGAGGCCAACCAGUCUGCACAAACUGUACUGAGGGGGAGGAUUACAUGGACCACCCUCAUUAUCUCGAUAAAUGUAUAAGAUGUAGCAUUUGUGACAAUGAACACGGUUUGGAAGUCAGAAAGAACUGUAGCAUUCUUCAAAAUGUAGUAUGUGGAUGUGCCAAGAACUUUUUUUGCAACACACCUCAGUGUCAGCACUGUGAACACUGCACCUCGUGUGAACACGGCACCCUCACGGAAUGCAUGGAGAAUAGAAAUACUGUCUGCAAAACCAAAGAGAAUAACCUCCUUUUCCUGCUGUUCUUGCUUCUGCUACUGCCGAUUCUGGUUGUCCUUAUUUACUGCUGGAAAAGAAAUCACACAGAUAAUGCCACCCUUGAAGCGAACCAUUUGGAAAACAUUCCUCUGAGUUAUCCAGGCUGGAAAAGAAAUCACACAGAUAAUGCCACCCUUGAAGCGAACCAUUUGGGAAACAUUCCUCUGAGUUAUCCAGAUAUCGACUUGAGAGACUACAUUGCAAAUAUUGCUGAUGAAAUGGAACUAGAACAGGUUAGAAAAUUUGUCCGGAGGAAGGGCAUAGACAAUGUCACAAUAGACCAAGUCAAGCACGAUUAUAUCAACGACGCAGAUGAACAGAAAAUCCAGCUGCUCAAAAAAUGGUAUGAGAGGCAUGGGAAGAAGGGGGCCUACAAACAGCUCAUCCUGGGCCUUGAGGAGAUAGGACUGCGUGUUGUGGCUGAAAGACUGCAGGAAACCAUCAGUGUCGGCUCACAGGCUGAACUGGAAAAUGGAAACUCCAGCGUCGUAUACAACCAAGGCAUGGCCUCCACUUAGAAGUCUUUGGAGGAUGGGGGUAGUAAAAUCCGACGUCAAGAAUAAUUUGUCUUCUGUUAGGCUAUAUUUAUAUAGGAGUAUAUCCAAAUAUACCUGUGUAAAUCAGGUGGGUGAAGGGUCAGCCUCUUAAGGAGGUCUCUGGCAAGAAUCUUGCUGGCAGUGACUAAGAGACCCCUUUGUGAUUGCCACAGGACAAUCUAUUUCCUUUACCUAUAUAGAGAUGGACAAUGGAAGCAUCCUUGGACUCCUGGGGGAUAACCUCCUCUUGCCAUAUAACCUGAAAAUUUUCAGUCAGCUUUUGUAUGAGCAGUGGACCCCCAACCUUGUAAAUAUUAGCUGGAAUAGAAUCAGCACCAGGUGUUUUGCCACAGGAAAGGAGCCUAAUGGCAUUCAAAACCUCUUCUUCCAUUGGAAGUUCAGCUACAGAGAGGUUGACUUGAACCUGAGGUAAGCAGUCAAUGACUUCAGCAUCAAUUGAUGAUGACCGGUUGAGAACAUCAUCUCUCCGGGAUUGUGCCCUUAUCACUGAUUAAUGUGGCUCCAUCAGCACUGAGUACUUGAGAUACACUAAAGGGUUUUAUCCCAUAAAUAGCCGUUAGGUCAUCAUAAAAGCACUUUGGAAUGUUACCGUCAGGAUAAAACUGAAUUUCACCUGCCUUCUACCUGAGCCAAGAAUCCUGCAUCCCUCUAAGCUUUGUUUGUACUUUACUUUUGAUGGAGUUAGAAGCUGCCUUCUUAGGGAUGGAAAGCCUGCUGGUAAAACCUGUGGAGUUCUCAUUUUUCAUUUAACAGUUUCUGAAUUUCCCCAUCCUUUUUAUCAAACCAGUCUCGAUGUUUAUGAGUGUUCUGACCCAGAUGAGCAAAUUCAGCUAUACACCAAAUCUCUAAAAACUGCCCACUCCUUUUCUGCUCCACUGUUGCUAACUAUGUGUUGGUAAUCUGUUGACAUUAAGUCUUCUGGUUGUUGUUUUGCCUUGAGGCCACAGCUUUUGUUGAAUGCAAAUAUUUAGCUUGGAGAAGAUAAGCCUAUAAUAAAUCCAGUGCUUUGUACCA